AUGCUAUCUCAUCAUGCUAUGCGCAGCCAGCUUGCGCAACCUGUCACUGUUCUCAUCCGAGGCGUGAGAACAAAGAGUAAAGGCGGUCUCCCACCGGCAGCACAGAGAGUCGUCACUCAAUUGAGUGUCAUGUCUGCCAGCAGAAAGCAGCCCAGACUUUUGAAGCUUUCCCGCGAGGAUCUGAUAAAACACCAGACCAUACAGCGAUGCUGGUCGACGUAUCAGGCAGAUCUGCGUGCCAAACGCAACGAGCAGCUGAAACUGCAAUACAAGAGCACUCAGAAAGCCAUGGAUAUACUCGAGGAGCUGAGCCCCGAGCUCUUUCAAGCAGCAAACGCCCCAGAGCACGCAAAACGGUUUCCAAUGGAGCUGAAAGUGCCCACCGAGUUUCCCCCCAGAAAAAUAUGGCACUACGACUACAAGAAGAAGGACUAG